AACUCGGUAAAUCUCUUAAUUCUUUGUUCGUUCCUUUUGGAUUUUUAAUAGAAAGUCAGCAAUUUUUAGUUUGAUCACAGAACAAAUCCAUGCCAAUCUGUUGAUAGAUUUAGUGAAGUAAAGUAGCAUUCGACAGAAAAGAAGAAACUCUAUUCAUUUAUACCAUUUCCGAGUUUUAUAGUUUCUUCCAUUUUCAACUGUUAGACCGAGAAAGACUCCAUGAUUCCUGGUAAUUUCCUGGGGUGUUGAUGAAGGAAAUAUGAAAAACUCAUUUCAUUCUAGCCUGCUAAUUUGUUUUGUUUUUUUUUUUUUGGGGAUUUCAAUGAGCACAUUAGAUUAGAUUAAAUUAGUUAAUGGCGAUUUUAGCUGCUAGUUUCUUCCCGUCGUGCAUAUAAGAUGUUUGCAGAAAGUUCACAGAGCAGGGAAGGGUGUGUUUGUGUGUGUAAAAAGGGAGCGAAGUCUAAAGAACUUUAGGGUAUAAAAAUGAGAAUCCACUUCGCCAAAUCCAUUUCACAACACGCGGAGUGUUGCUCACCUUUUGGCAUUCGAUUCAAAACGACUUCUGCUCAGUAUGUUGCGUCAAGAGCUAGGGACCCAACGUUUGAGAAGCUCAUGGACAAGUAUAAAAACCUUCUCAAAGUCAUUGCAAUUCAAGACCUUAUUCUCGCAAAUCCCACCAACAAUCCACCUUCAGUUUCCCUUGAUUUCCUCUCCAGACUGUCCCAAAAGCUCCACCUGAACCGUGGAGCUGCCUCUUUUCUCCGAAAAUAUCCCCACAUUUUCCAUAUUUUCUACGACCCAGUAAGUGCGUCCUUUUUGCAGAUUACUGAUGCUGCUAAUGAAAUUUCCCGCCAAGAACCCAAGCUAUUGUUGGUACUUUGCCGGCUGUUUGAUCGAUUGGUUAGGCUUCUGUCCAUGUCAAUAACGAAAUCUUUACCACUUCGUGCUGUUUUUAAAGUUUGGAGGGAACUUGGGCUGCCAGAUGAUUUUGAAGAUUCAGUUAUAUCCCGAAACUCGCAUUUGUUUAGACUUUGCGAUGGUCAUGAGCCUAAUACCCACAUUCUGAACCUGGUUGAUGGAAUGCCUGGAGAUCAAUUUACAAGUGCUGUGGAGAAUUGGAGGGUUGUGGAGUGCUGUAAAGAAGAUUGUGGUCUUGAUAGAACUGAAAUGCAGUUUAGUUUCAAACAGAGUUAUCCACCAGGAAUGAGGUUGAGCAAGAAUUUUAGGGCUAAAGUUAAGGCAUGGCAAAGGUUGCCCUAUGUGGGGCCAUAUGAAGAGAUAGGUGAAAAGAAAGGGUCUAAAGUUGGAGUUAUGGGAAUGGAGAAACGAGCAGUUGCAAUGGUUCAUGAAUUCUUAAGUUUAACAGUGGAGAAGAUGGUGGAGGUGGAGAAGAUAAGCCAUUUCAGAAAAUGCUUUGGAAUUGAUUUGAACAUAAGGGAUCUAUUCUUGGAUCACCCUGGGAUCUUUUAUUUGUCAACCAAGGGGAAGAGACACACUGUUUUCCUUAGAGAGGCAUAUGAGAGGGGGUGCUUGAUCAACCCAAAUCCUGUUUAUACUGUGAGGAGAAAGCUCCUUGAUCUGGUUGUUCUAGGACGUAAAGGUUUGCUUACUGGUUAUCUGAACUUAGCAGAAAUCACAAAGACUGACGAGACAAGUUCAGAAGAGGACGAAAACCAAUGAACUAAUCAUUUUUCACUAUGUAGUCGAAGAUUUCAAACCUGUGUAACUUUGGUAGCAGAACUCCAUUGCUGCCCUGGGAUUUGGUUCGCUUGCAUUAUUUGCUGGGGUGAUCAAGAGUAGGAGGUUUCAAAGGUCUGCACAAGAUGAUUCAAUCGAGCAGUCACAACAAGAUUUCCUGCAAUGGAACCGCAUCCUCCAGUUAGAAUACUUGUGCUUGACUACAAACAGCAUUGAAAGAGAGAUGGUUGAGGGACUACAACAGGUAAUCUUGAAGGUUUACUUUCGAAUAAACCACAUACCAAUUUUUUCACGACUGUCAACUAAUAGGUGAGGAAAAAAAGACCGACAUUGAGAAGGCCUGAGAAAUCGAAGCUGCCAAAGAGACUGACUUAACUAAUGGCAUAAUGACUAGACUUGAAGUUGAAUUGUCUCGAAUUCGAGACUGACUUAACUAAUGGCAUAAUGACUAGACUUGAAGUUGAAUUGUCUCAAAUUCGAGUCUCACGCUCACUCCUCUGAAUAAAAGAUAGAGAUGAUAGUGAGGAACUUACAAAUUUGAUUAGGGGAUCAUAUGUUUCAUGCUGUGGAUGAAAGACAAUGCAUAGCAUAUAAUCAUAACAUAUAUAUGUAUAUAUGAAUGUGAAAACAGUUAAAGAUUAUAGUUUGA